CCUCCUUUGACUGACGUUUCAACCGCUUUUUGCUUCUUUGAUGCUCUUCCAUCCUUAAUUGAACCGCUUCUUCUUUUUCUCUGUUUCCACUCCUUCCCCCAGGACUGUUGUCGACUCCUGUUAACCCCCCCCUCUUCUCUCUCUCUCUCUCUCUUCUUUCCCUCUUCUUUCCUCUUCUACCCAAUUUACUUCCCUCUCUGAGGUCCCGUGACUGGACGUUUCAAGCUUGUGUGCUUUUCCUCGCGCACACACUGUUUUCUCUGCCCCCAUUCCCUCCAGCCCCUCUUUCCUUUCUCCCUCCUCCCUUCCUCCUCCUCUCUCCCCCCUCCCCCCCUUCUCCCCAACAUUUUCCAGCGCUCUUCUGCGCCUUGUUAGCGCAGGCGGUGUGUUGCGGCUUCGUGCCUUCUAUCCGUCCUUUUCUAACGGCUCUGCAUCGUGCCAAGACCUGAGCUUUGUUCUUCCUGACGAUUGAGCCAAACCAUGGCUUCUACCGUCAACUCCAUGCCAGUUGCGAACAGCGCAUCUGGCAAUACACCUGCACAGAAUCCCGGCUCUAGGCCGUCACUAAGGGCCUCCAAUAAUUCCAAGGCGUCAGAUGGGGGUCGACGACAGUCAGGCAGCCCGCUGGAGGGUGGACAAAGGCGCAGCAAUUCUCAAAAGGCUUGGACCCAAGGCACAAACCCGAUUACCCAGCGCCCUCCUUAUUCCCAGCAGAACGGCAACCUGCCUCAAAAGCAAUCUUCCUCCCCCCGACCGUUUUCGAAAGAAUCGAAUACUCCGGAUAAUCAUGCCCACGACCGUCUCGUCUUCUUGCUCACUAGCUUCAUUGGACUUAACACUACUGUAACCACCAGAAAUGGUGACAAGUUUACCGGGAUAUUUUCUUAUUCGUCUCUUGAGCCUAGCGAAUCCACCUUCGUACUGAAGAUGGUGCAACGACAAGCCAAACCCGAGCAACAACGUGCAAAUGGCGUGAGUGAAGUCGCUAGCCCUUUCCUUGGAUCAGCGCCAGAUCACAGUGUGUCUUUUGACCUCAAGGAUGUGGUUGAUGUAUCGGUGCCGAAUGUCUCCACGACCGACGUGUUGGCAAAGACUUCCAAUGGAGCCUCUACAGGGUUUAGAACCGACGUGGAUAUUUCCGGCAACCUUGCUAUCCGAGAACGGACAUUGAAACGAUGGGAACCGGCAGCCGAUACUACUACGGAUAUGUCGCUUGAGCAUCCCACGGCAGCUGGGGCAGGCUGGGACCAAUUCGAAGCUAAUGCCAGGCUUUUCGGCGCGACUAGUAGCUAUGAUGAGAACAUAUAUACCACCGCCAUCGAUCGCUCAGACCCAACGUACAAGCAGAAGGAGGCGGAGGCUGCUCGGAUUGCUCGUGAGAUUGAGAGCAGUGAGGCUGAUAAUGCACAUGUCAGAGAGGAAAGAGGUCUCGUCUCGACGGAUGGUGGCGAUGAAGAAGACAAAUAUAGCGGUGUCCGCCGUGAUGAAAAGAAUUUCCCUCCCUUGGUUUCUGGUCAGCCGAAUAAAUACACCCCCCCAGCACGCCGGCAAGCUGCCAAUCAACUCGCUGCUACUGCUGCUUCAUCUGCUGGCGCUCUCAAGCGGGCAACAAGUACCACAGAAGCCCCCACCGUGGCUGUGGGACUGAAAGAAAGUGUUCCGUUUCAGUCACAGACACCAGCCGCGCCUGCGAGUACAACAGCCACUCCGGCCGAAACAGAGAACAAAGCUGCUCUCGCAAAAAUCCCCUCUACCGCGUCUACUGCUCCAAAGGGAUCUUCCCCCGAGAACAAUUACGAACAUGAAGUAUUGGACCGAUUUCGCAUAUUUGCCACGAACGAGAAACUCAAGUUCCAGGAGCGCCGGCGUAACCAGGCGUCUUACGAUCGUACCAUUAAGCUUAAUGAGCUGAUGAAGUUCUCCAAGAACUUUAAGCUUGCUACCCCAGUGCCAAAGGAUUUGGUGCCUAUCCUUGCCAAAGACCCCCACAAGCAGGAAGAAAUUAUUCAACGAGCCCAACAGAAUGCCGAGGAGAAGAUUUCAACUAAACCCGCCAUAGGUCUUGCCGCUGACCAGAAGCUACCAGAACGUGCCCAAGUGCCUCCGCGACCGGAGAGCGGCGCAACGGCUACACAGGUGCAACCGGAUCGCCCGAGCUAUCCUCGUAACCGUCAGAUGUAUCCUCCAACUGGCCCUCAAGGUGGUCCCGGAGGACGCUCUCCGCACCAGCCUUUGCACUCGGCCCGCCAGGGUACUGGAAUGCUUGGUCAUCGUCUUGCAGACAAUCUUCAGCAACGGAAGGGAGCGGCCACGGGCACGGUUCCAUCUCCUCUACCGGUGCAGGACAUCCGUGUUCCACCUACCGGUCCAGCUGGUGACCAAUCCGGUGUUUCCAGCCCUACAAAGGCCCAUACGUCCGCAUCCUCUGCCUCAACGAAGUUCAAUGUACGGGCUAUGGAAUUUAAACCGAAUCCUGCCGCAAGCACCUUCACACCGGGCACUUCAGCUUCUACUGGCUUUAGUAGAGGACGCUCUGUUUCGCGUGCCACGAGCCCAUCUGCCUUUUUUGGAGCAAAAAAACCGCGCCCUAUUUCUGAGCGUCCAUCGCUUAACGAUCAAUUUAAUUCCAUCAAACGUCUGAAGAAAGAAGGCGCAGAACAGACCGACAGAGAUUAUACUUCCAAUGGCGGUAUUCCUUUCGCCUACAGUACUCAACCUACGUGGAAGGUCGGUAAUGGAGAAGAAGAGAAGACAUAUUUGCAGAUGUUCAAGUUUCCAAAUGCCAUGCCCGCUGCAUCUCCUCAGAAUCGGUCUGCUUCGAACCCACAGAUGCCCCACCAGUCACAGAUGCCAUAUCAGUUCCAGCAGACCCCUGGUAUGCCUCCUGCCUCGGGCCCACCCCAUGGCCCUCAUCUCCACCCCCAGCAGCAUCCCGGAUCUGGUCCACCCCAUUUUGAUGACCCUCACCGGAUGCAAUUGUCUGCAUCAACAUCCCAAAUGUUCCCUUCUCCUCGGCUUCAGCAUGGGUAUCCGUCACCUAUGACGCCGCACGCCCAGUUAGCAUUUGGCCAGCCCAUGCCCCAGUUCUAUGUGAACCAAGGUGCGCCGCAGCCGGGCCAUAUGAGACACUAUCAGGGGGGCCCUCAGUUUGUGAAUCCACAAGGCGGGAUGGCGGCACCUAUGAUGGUUCAACAGCCAUCCAGUGGGCCGUAUAUGGGCGUCCCCCAGGGUAUGACUCCUUUUACACCUCAAAUGCAGAUGUACUCUCCGAAUCCGGGACAUGCCUAUCCCCACGCCCCGCCACCUCAGCCACACAAUGGUUAUCCCAGCCCUAGUCGGGGUGCUCCGAUGAUGAUGCACCAGAAUUCUCAGCCCGGUCAACCUCCGCAACAUGUCAUGUACAUGUCUCCUGGGCAGCAUGGUCAGCCAAUGUAUGCAGGCCAACAGCCAGGCCAUAUGCCGCCUACUCGUGGAAAUUAUCCACAGCAACAGCCACACUACCAGUCAAGCCCACAUCAAGCGCAUCAUUAUCCUCCCAACCAGCACCGUACACCAAACAGCGGCUAUAACCAGCUGCCUCAAAUACCACCUCAAAUGCCAUCCCAACCCCCGGCAGCUGCUGCAUCUGGACCCCAGACUCAGGAGGCUACGGACGAGUCGAAAUGAAUCCUGUCAAAUACAGGCAGUGCGCGAGCCGUUAUACCCCAUCGUCUUGGCAACCCGAUAAAUACAACCACAUCUACCCCCGUUCGGCAUUCAAGCCCCGCCUGAAAGCGACGAGGGCUCUGCUGGUUCCAAUGGCCUGCCAUUUCGCGGACCAAGUGCAUAAAUGUGUUUUACAAGCUUAUCUGUCUUUUGAGUUCCAAUCUCAUGUUCCGCGCACGCCAACCUUAUACUGCUUACGAAGACUCAUUCUGAUCUGUACUCGGUAAGCUUCUCUGGCUUGUGUGAGAUUGUUUAAGAGCUUUCGCUAAUAAUUGCAGAAUGAAAA